CGUUGCGCGUGAUUCGCGCGGCGCCCUCGCUCGAUACCCGCUGCGGCAAAACCAUCUGGUUCCUCUCGGUACAUAACGUCCGAUUGUCCGGUGGUGGGAGCAGCCUCUGUUUUAUUUCUGUCUCGGUGUCCCUCUGCACCGGGACCAGACGGAUACGUGAGUGUAGUUUCCGCGGCGUUCUCCAACCGUGUGUCUGUCCCCGUUGCCGGCCAGUUCUUCCUUGUACGGCGUUUCAAUCUGUUUCCCGGCGAUGGAGGACAGCUACACGGUGCACAGGCGUCGCAAGGCUGCGGCCAGGAGGCGCGAAAAGACGCCGGAACCGUCCGCGAGGAACCAGCUAGUGGAGACAUCGGAGGAUGAAGAAGGGUCUAUGCGAGCAAGAAUGGAACAGAUGGCUGCCGAUGCCGAGAAAACGGAAUUAGAAGAAAGGGAAAAGAGAACGAAAUCAGAAGAGCCGCAACUUAAAGUGGAAGAAAAGAAGAAAAAGAGCCCGGCGAGAUUCGAAGAAAAGAAGAGUUCUCCGUUAAAAGAGACGCAAGCACGUGAGAAUGACGUUGAAGGUGAGACCACAGCACUGUCGGUAAAAACGGAGGUGGUAUACAAAACGGAUAACGGAAGUCCGGUGAAAGAAGUGACUAAGAGUGAUGAGAAACAUCAAGAUGCUCCUAAGUCAAAGGAAGUCGAUGUCGAUCAACCACGGGUGGAACCGCGGAAGGUUGAGAGGCGAUUGAAGAAGAAAUCGAGGGAACGGGCGGAAAGGCAUCAUUCUACUGAUUCCAGUGAUACGGAGGAAAUGGACAAACGUCCUAGGAGGACCAAAUCACCGGAAGUGAGCAAGCCUAGAACAAAGAAGAGUUCAACAAAGAAAAUUACCGAUCCUGACGCGACGAAAGAGGUCGUCGAAAAACCGCCGCGAGAAAAGAAGUCAACUAAACAGAAACUGGAGGUAACAGACAAUCAAACGAGACCAGAAGGACACUCCAAAACGUAUAGUCCAAUCGAUGAUACCGACGAGGAGCAGAAAAUGAAGAAGAGCGAGUCUUUCCCCAGGCAAAUUACUCAAGAAAUUACGAGAAGAUACUCUACGGAUGUAAAGAAACAAAUUAUACCCCUGAGCAAUGACAGUCUUAUACAGGACUUCGCCAAGGCGCAAAGAGAAUACCUGAAAAGGGAGCAGAGCAUCCUCGACCCUGAUACGCCAGAUGUGUUCAAAGACGCAGAAGAUGAGACCGUAUUGAGAAGACGAAAAUUCAGCACUAUUCUCACACAGAGCGAACAAGAGGCCGUCGAGGAGUCUAUCGAGAAGUUAAAAGAAUAUGAGACGAAGAAAUCCUGGUUCUCCUGGUUGCCGUUCUUUCGUAAGAGGAAAGAGGACAAGUUAGAAGAACAGAGUCAGGAACCAAGUAAAAUUGACGAUUUCACGAAAUCGGAAGUUACGUUCAAGGAAAUGGACGACCAGAAGAAAGUCACUUUCAUCGACUUCUUACGAGCGAUGAGAGAUGUUAUCGCUGAGUUUAAAGCGUUCGUCGCACAGAAUCCGAAGGAGGCGGAAAUCGUGAGAGGAUUAAGGAACCGUUGCAUGUCAGAAUUGAUGUUAGUCAUAAUCUAUUGCGGCCUUGGCGCGUUCGUCUUCCGAUUCACCGAGGGAGCGUUCGAAUCGUUUUACAAGUGCGGUGUCAAGCGAGUAAAACGUGAUUUUCUCGAUAAUUUGUGGAACUACAGUCACAAUUUGAAGGAGGAGGACUGGAAAAGCAUGGCUCGUCGAAAGUUGAUGGAAUUCGAAGAGCAACUGCACACGGCUCAUGAAGCAGGAGUGCAUACGUAUAGCGGGCAGAGAAGUUGGACCUUCUUGAACGCGGUUGUUUACUGUCUGACCGUUAUAACUACCAUCGGAUACGGCCACAUUUCACCGAGCACCAACACCGGAAGGGCGAUCACAAUAGUUUACGCUAUCUUCGGAAUACCGAUGUUUCUGAUAAUACUCGCCGAUUUUGGUAAAUUAUUCACGCGCGGUAUCAAGUUCCUCUGGGCGUUCGUGAGGAGGGUCUAUUAUACCGGAAGUUGCCGGAAAGUCCGCGGAACUGUACCUGUUCAGGAAGUGAUGAAAGGCGUGCAACUGGUUUACGAUCUGGCAACGUUCAAGAGGCCCUCACAGAUAAACCCAGAGGAUAUCGAAGAGAUGCAAAAGCAGGCCCAGCAAUCGCAAACGGUGUUGAAUUUAGAUGGUAACGUACCCGACACACCAGUGACGCCGGCUAUGUCUGCGUUUGCCAUCGACGACGAAUUCAAUCUGCCGAUUUCGGUGGCGAUUUUCAUUCUACUCGGUUACAUCUUCGUUGGAGCCACGCUGUUCUGCUUAUCGGAAGGCUGGGGUUUCUUCGAGAGCUUCUACUUCGUCUUCAUAUCCAUGAGCACAAUUGGCUUCGGUGAUUACGUGCCAAAGAUGCACCCCAUAUACAUGAUGUGUUCGAUAAUAUACCUGGUGUUUGGCCUGGCUCUGACGUCCAUGUGCAUCAACGUCGUGCAGGUGAUGCUAUCAGACUCGUUCAGGCAGGCGAGUCAAAAAAUCGGAGCAACGAUCGGUUUCGUCAUCGCGGAUGAAGAUCGAUCGGUAAAUCCAGCGGUUCCACCAGCCGUGGAGGUGGCUGACGUCCACAUCGCUGUUAAAGAAUCUGGCAGCAACGAGAAGAUCGCGCCCAAGGCCAAGCAAGAAGAUGUCGACUUGCACACACCGUAAACGAAAAGAAAGAUAAACAAAAAUAGCUGAAUUACUCAAUCGAUCGCUGCGUUCGCACAACGAGCACAAACGACACACGCGUUUAACGAUAAGCCUUAACUCGUCCGCUCGCUUAAUGGACAAUGGGUCAGUGAGGAAUCAAGAUCGUGGAAAUGAAAUCGAAAAGAUGAUGCAAACCAAUUUGGAAUCGGUGUUUCAGUUUCUACAACAAAAUUGUUUUAUGAUUCGAGCUCCUCAUGGGACACGUAUGGGAAUUCAAACAUUAUGGUCCAAAAAGCUGGCUGAACGAAAAACCACACUCGAUAACGAUUUCCUUGGUAUAUGGUAUGAAACCAACUUUGGAGCGCCUUAUGGAAGCGGAAGUUCCGUUGACAAUGAGCAGUGAUAAGGAGAGUUUAUAUAAAUGAAUCUUGGUAAACAAUAUUGUUUAAAUUGAAAAGAAAAUGCGAAGAAUUGUCUAUUUUUCUGUGAUUAAAUAUUGUACGAUCGAGUUAGUACUCUUCGAUUUCUUUUAGCUUUGAAACUCUGUCUACCUUUUCAAUUUUUACCUAACACGAAAUAUAUAUUUGAUAAUGAAGAAUUCUUUUCAUUUUCGCUUAUAUACGAUCUCAAAUUUUCGGUUUCCGAUCAAAAUUCGAGACUUGCAUCAAGCGUGCGUUAUUUCAUUAAGAUCAGUUUUAUCGAACGAUCUCGACACGAAUAUUAAUGGUCAUAACGUCUUAUUAGAAAGAAGUUUUAUCAUACGAAACGAUGAGCAAGCGGAAUAUAAAAAAGAGAUCUAUAAUUCUUUUCAGAGAAAGAGAGUUCGAUAAUAAAGAUGAAAGUACGACUAGUAGAUGUUUUUGCCAAACUGUUCGAGGCUCAGAUACGAUAAUUAUGCGAAUCAUAAUGAUACAAGGCAGGCAGUUCAUUAUUUCACGUUGAUUUAUUUCACGUCGCCUAUAGUGUCUACUGACAAUAAACGCAACCUCGUAGUAUUUGCAGAUUAUCAUAUCGCUAUUUUUUUUCCAACUUGUUUUUAUAUCAACUACCGUGAACUACUUUUGAAGAACGAUUGUACGAGUACAGUAGUUAAUUUCUGGUCUGUGCAUUUCGUUCCGAUGUCUUGACCGUAAAACAUGCGCGGUUUCGUCACUUGAACAGCCCUCUGAUUACAUUCACGAUAUUUUGUAUGUGUACAUAUAUUUUUACAUAAGAAUAUGCAAAAACGUAUUAUAAUCAAUGAAAAUAUAUUCCCGCUGAAAAAAUUAUCUUGCAAAUAAAAGAAAUUCUCUUUGCCUACUUUCUAUUGCAGCGAACGCUUUUGCAAACAAUGGAAAGUAAAUACUGAAUGUAGUGAUUGAACCGGAGGGUGAACGAAAAUUUUUGUCACGGUAAGGGAAGGAAAACUUGUGCCUUUUUAAGAAUGAAUAAUUGUGUCAGCUAUUUAAAUUUUAUCAGAUAUAACAAGAAUUUCUGUAACAUGGUUAAAUCAUAGUAACAGAGAAAAGUGAAACAUAUGAUAUUUACUGGUUGCUAUUUAAGCAGCAAAAAUAUAUUUCUUUUUUUCUAGAAUUUAAAUGAAAGACAAACGACCGUUUGCUUAGUGUCCAUACAGUGUCUUUGCAACUUUAUUAUGUGUUACAAAUUCACGUAAAACAAAAAGCGUAACGAGUACUUGUUACUAUUGAUACAAUCGAAAUAAUGACAUUUAAUUACUUGCAAAUAAAUGUUUAAAAUAU